GGCCAUCGUCCGGGGAUGUCUGUCUCCUGGCCGUCCACCUCCAGCCGGACCAAGGGAACGGUGGCCUGCUUGGCAGAGGCCCUCCUGUGGGUUGGAGGGAGCGUGGCCGUGUCCCCGUGGUGGCAGCUUGGCCCACUAGUGGAGCGGUGCAUGAGCGCCAUGCAGGCGGGGACCCAGAUGGUGAAGCUGCGAGGCGGCUCCAAGGGCCUGGUGCGCUUCUACUUCCUGGACGAGCACCGCUCCUGCAUCCGCUGGCGGCCCUCACGCAAGAACGAGAAGGCCAAGAUCUCCAUCGACUCCAUCCAGGAGGUGAGCGAGGGCCGGCAGUCGGAGGUCUUCCAGCGGUACCCAGACAGCAACUUCGACCCCAACUGCUGCUUCAGCAUCUACCACGGCAGCCACCGCCAGUCGCUGGGCCUGGUGUCGCCCAGCGGCGACGAGGCGCGUACUUGGGUCACGGGCCUCCGCUACCUCAUGGCUGGCAUCAGUGACGAGGACAGCCUGGCCCGCCGCCAGCGAACCAGGGACCAAUAUCCUUGGUGGCUGAAGCAGACGUUCGACGAGGCAGACAAGAACGGGGACGGCAGCCUGAGCAUCGGCGAGGUCCUGCAGCUGCUGCACAAGCUCAACGUGAACCUGCCCCGGCACAGGGUGAAGCAGAUGUUCAAGGAGGCGGACACGGACGACCAGCAGGGCACUCUGGGCUUCGAGGAGUUCUGUGCCUUCUACAAGAUGAUGUCCACGCGCCGGGACCUCUACCUGCUCAUGCUGACCUACAGUGACCACAAGGACCACCUGGACGCUGCCGACCUCCAGCGCUUCCUGGAGCUGGAGCAGAAGAUGACGGGUGUGACACUCGAAAGCUGCCGGGACAUCAUCGAACAGUUCGAGCCCUGCCCAGAGAACAAGAGUAAGGGGGUGCUGGGCAUCGACGGCUUCACGAACUACACGCGGAGCCCGGCCGGGGAUAUCUUCAACCCGGGCCACCACGGCGUGCACCAGGACAUGACGCAGCCACUCAGCCACUACUUCAUCAGCUCGUCCCACAACACCUACCUCGUGGGCGACCAGCUCAUGUCGCAGUCACGGGCGGGCAUGUACGCCCACGUGCUGCAGGCCGGCUGCCGCUGCGUGGAGGUGGACUGCUGGGACGGGCCUGACGGGGAGCCCAUCGUGCACCACGGCUACACCCUGACCUCCAAGAUCCUCUUCAAAGACGUCAUCGAGACCAUCAACAAAUACGCCUUCGUCAAGAACGAGUACCCAGUGAUCCUGUCCAUCGAGAACCACUGCAGUGUCAUCCAGCAGAAGAAGAUGGCCCAGUAUCUGACCGACAUCCUCGGGGACAAGCUGGACUUGUCGUCACUGAGCAGCGAGGACACCACCAUGCUGCCCUCUCCGCAGGAGCUCAAGGGCAAGAUCUUGGUGAAGGGCAAGAAGCUCCCGGCCAGCAUCAGCGAGGACGCGGAGGAGGGCGAGGUGUCCGACGAGGACAGUGCCGACGAGAUCGACGAGGACUGCAAGCUCCUGGACGGGGAUGCCUCCACCCAUCGGAAGCGUGUGGAACACAUCGCCAAGAGGAAACUGGAGUCCCUAAUCAAGGAGUCGAAGAUUCGAGACUGUGAGGACCCCAACGACUUCACAGUGUCCACGCUGUCCCCGCUGGGGAGGCCCGGGGGCAAGGCAGAGCGUAAAACGGCCGAGGAGGACGUGGAGUCUGCGGAGGGUGCAGGAACCAGCAGACGGAACAGCCGGCUCCCCAUGAGCAGUUUCUCCAAGCGCAAGAAAAAGGGCAGCAAGCUGAAGAAGGUGGCCAGCGUGGAGGAGGUGGACGGGGACCUGGACUCGCAGGGCAGCCAGAGCCGAGGGGCGACCCGGCAGAAGAAGACCAUGCAGCUGUCACGGGCACUGUCGGACCUGGUGAAGUACACCAAGUCCGUGGGCGCCCACGACGUGGACACCGAGGUGGCGUCCAGCUGGCAGGUGUCGUCCUUCAGCGAGACCAAGGCCCAGCAGACGCUGCAGCAGAAGCCAGCACAGUACCUGCGCUUCAACCAGCGGCAGCUCUCCCGCGUCUACCCGUCCUCCUACCGCGUGGACUCCAGCAACUACAACCCACAGCCCUUCUGGAACGCCGGCUGCCAGAUGGUCGCCCUGAACUACCAGUCGGAGGGGCGGAUGCUGCAACUGAACAGGGCCAAGUUCAGCGCCAACGGCAACUGCGGCUACGUGCUGAAGCCGCGGUGCAUGUGCCAGGGCGUCUUCAACCCCAACUCCGAAGACCCUCUGCCCGGGCAGCUCAAGAAGCAGCUGGUGCUCCGGAUCAUCAGCGGGCAGCAGCUCCCCAAGCCUCGGGACUCGAUGCUGGGGGACCGAGGGGAGAUCAUUGACCCGUUCGUGGAGGUGGAGGUCAUCGGGCUCCCCGUGGACUGCAGCAAGGAGCAGACCCGCGUGGUGGACGACAACGGCUUCAACCCCAUGUGGGAGGAGACACUGGUGUUCAUGGUGCAUAUGCCAGAGGUGGCCCUGGUGCGCUUCCUCGUCUGGGACCACGACCCCAUCGGGAGGGACUUCAUUGGCCAGAGGACGCUGGCCCUCAGCAGCAUGAUGCCAGGCUACCGGCACGUGUACCUGGAGGGGAUGGAAGAGGCCUCCAUCUUUGUCCACGUAGCCCUCAGUGACAUCAGUGGUAAGGUCAAGCAGGCUCUGGGCCUAAAGGGCUUAUUCCCUCGCGGCUCAAAGCCCGGCUCCCUGGACAGUCAUGCUGCUGGGCGGCCCCCGGCCCGGCCCUCCGUUAGCCAGCGGUUCCUGAGGCGCACGGCCAGCGCCCCGACCAAGAGCCAGAAGCCAGGCCGCCAGGCCUUCCCGGAGCUGGCCCUGGGCAUGCAGGACGUGGGCUCCGAGGGGGAGGCCCGUGCCGUGGCACCCCCCAGCCCUGGCCCCGCUCCGGAGGCCUUGGCCCAGGAGGGGCCUGGAGGCCGCAGCCCCCGAGAGGCCCGCUCCUUCUCCACGCAGAGGUCGGUCUCCUCCCUGUGCAGCCUGGAGACCAUCGCCGAGGAGCCAGCUCCGGGCCCCGGCCCCCAACCUCUGCUGGCUGCCCCGCCCAGCCCCUGCCCGGGACCCGGUGCCAAAGCCCCGAGCACUCCAGGGGUGGCACGGGGAGCCUCCGGGCUCCUCCAGCUCAGGACCGGGAGCCACGGAGACACUGAAUCGGUCCCUGACAGCAGGCAGCAGGCGUGCAAUGGCGAGGUCCCCAGUGGGGUGUGCGAGGGCACCCCCAGCAGCCAGACGGACAGCAGGGGCCACCCCCGGGCCCCGGGCCCCCUGCCCGUGGUCAGAAGGGCCGAGACUGAGGGGCUGGUGCCCUCUGAGCCCCUGGGUGGACGAAAGCCCCUGGCUGGGCCCUCACCAGCCAGGUACUCGGACGCCACCGCCGGAGACCCACUAUGGCAGCCACUGGAGCCAGGCAGCCACAGUGACAGCGCGUCCUCGUCCUGUAGCCUUUCGUCCAGCGACACAGUCAUCGACCUCUCUCUACCUGGCCGGAGCCUGGGCUGCGAGAGCUUCUCAGGGGCCCCAGCCGGACGCCUGUCCCUGCGGCCCUGCCUGGCCUUGGCCGCCCAGCUAGACCUGCUCCCCGUGACCAAGAGCAAGUCCAACCCCAACCUGUGGGCUGCAGCCCCGGCACCUGUGGCCUCCUGCAGGCUUCGGUCCCAGCCCCUGGCCCCUCGGCCACCCUGGGAAUGCCUCCCCCUGGUAAGCCUCCAGGACUGCCCAGUGGCCGCCAAGUCCAAGAGCCUGGGGGACCUGACCGCGGACGACUUUGCCCCCAGCCGCGUGCGGGCCAUUGCCAGCCGUGCGCGCCAGGCCCAGGAGCGGCAGCGGCUGCAGGGCCCGUGGGGGCCCCCGGAGGAGCGGGGCACCCCUGAGGGAGCCUGCUCAGAGGGCCAGGAGGGCUGCAGGGAUGCGCCCGCCCCCGCCAGGAGCGCAGCUGGCCUUCUGCUCAGACUCUGA